UAGCUAGGACAAAGGGAACGCACGCUGGCUUGCCACCGACGCCAAACUGGAGUCUCGAUGUUGAAGCUGAGGUUUCCUGGGUUGCUGCUGCUGCCGCCGCCGCUGCCUUUGCCACCCCCCACUCGCACCCGGUCCUAGGUGACCCAACCGCCCUCUGUCCCGAGGGGGUCAUUUCAAAGACAAUUUCUGCUUGUGCAUUGGUGGAAAGAAAACCAGCCAGGGAUUCAAGGGCCCACCCUGUGUAUUAAUAUAAGGAGAGGAUCCACAGCUCAUUGUGUUGGUGUCCAGGAAACAGCCUGAGUUGGUUGCAACAUGACAAGUGAGGUGGUGGAGGAUGAGAGCCAAUUCUACUUGAAAGCAGAGAAGUACUGGAAAGAUGUACCGCCCACAGUGGAUGGCAUGCUUGGAGGGUAUGGCCAUAUCUCCAACAUCGACAUCAACAGCUCCAAGAAGUUCCUGCAGAGGUUUUUGAGGGAAGGUCCAAAUAGAACAGGUACUAACUGUGCUUUGGACUGUGGAGCUGGCAUUGGUCGAAUCACCAAAAGACUGCUCUUGCCACUCUUCAAAGUAGUGGAUAUGGUUGAUGUUACUGAGGAUUUUCUGAUUAAGGCCAAAACCUACCUGGGUGAGGAAGGCAGGAGGGUGAGAAACUAUUUCUGUUGUGGCCUGCAGGACUUCAGUCCAGAACCAAACUCCUAUGAUGUCAUUUGGAUUCAGUGGGUUAUAGGCCACCUUACUGAUCAGCAUCUUGCCGAAUUCCUACGAAGAUGCAAGGCGGGCCUUCGACCCAACGGCAUCAUUGUCAUCAAGGACAACAUGGCCCAGGAAGGUGUGAUCAUGGAUGAUGUGGAUAGCAGUGUGUGUCGGGACCAGGAGGUGGUACGCAGGAUUGUCCGCCAUGCAGGUCUUAACCUCCUGGCUGAAGAGAGACAGGAAAACUUCCCUGAUGAGAUUUAUCAAGUCUACAGCUUUGCCAUGAGAUGAGACCCCGUUUGGCAUGAGAGACACAAGAAGGGACCAGAGUGGGGUUGGGGAGGGGGUGUCUGGAGCCAAUUGACAGCUGUUGGGUCCAGCUGUGUUGUGUUAUGGUUCAGGAGUAUAGAAACAGCCCUGUGGAGGCUGCCAAAUACACCUGUAUGUUUGCUGUCAGUUUACUCUGUAUAGAUUCUACAUUUAAAAGAGGAAGUGAAGUGCUGCUGGACAGGAGAGAAGGUGAGUUGCAGGGGUUCUAAAACAGAGUGCCAGCCAACUAUUUUUUGUGAGCAAAAUAGGGAGAGGAGGCCUGGAUCAUAACCAUCUAAUCCCCCCCCCCCCCCAAUCUUUCCUUGUGCCUAUAUGGGGAUUUGUUAUUGAUCUUUCAGGAACAUGAUUAUACCUGAUGAUGGGUCUGGAAAACACUGAUCCUACCUGAUGACUUGGCUGCCUUAACAGGAAGUAAAAUCACCCUUAACUUUGGACAUUAAAAAAUAAUCUAUCGUCAUUUACUUAACGGGGAAGCAAAUUGUUCUCAUCCUGUUAAGAGUAAAUUAAGGCUUUCACAGCCCUGAUUAAUCUAAGCCUCACUUUGCUGACAGGGAUCUGGGGUUCAGGCUGUUCUAUGUUGUGGGACUGUUCAAUGUUUCACUAUUUUCUGUGCUUGUCUCCUUCUCCUUAAUGAAUGUUAACAAUUAGGAAAAGGGUUAAAGCCCCCACACUUGCUUUCAGAUUAGAGCAGAGAAUUUGCUUAUGGUUUUACUACUCACUGUGCCUUCCUUUUGAAUGUGGUUCUUCUGUGGCAAGCUGUUGGCAGUGUCAUUUUCAGUCAGAAAUAAAAGGUAAAUUCAUUCAGUGUUAAAACCCCUACAUAAGGCAAAAUGGAAAUGUUUUGCUGUUACUUGUGAGCUGAAAACUCUUUUCCUGCUGAUAUCUAGGCCUGGGCUGUUUCUGUCCUCAGAAGUCUCACUUGAUGGCUCACUAUAUUAUUUCCCCUAGCAAAACUUCUGCUAUUGUUAUUUGUUUUGCAGGGCAGUGAGGAUUAAGUGACUUGCCCUGGGUCACACAGCUAAUGUCAAGUGUCUGAGGCCGGAUUUGAACUCAAGUCUUCCUGAUUCCAGGGUACUUGCUUUAGCUAUUCUUAACAGUGAAAGACAAUGUGGCACUAAAAUUUAUUCUUUAGAGAAAAAGAGACUUUGUCAGUGUUUAAUUUUAUAAAAGAUCUCAUUUAAUUGCUUUAGCUUACUCCAUACAUCAUCAGUGCAGUAUAGUGUUAUACAUCUUCAAAUGGC